AUGGUAUUUCGAGGAGCGGCGACAUUCAUUGUUCGAUUGAGUCGAACAAUGAUCUCUCGUCCAGCCAAACCUAUUUUUACUUCUUCUAUUCACCAAACAUCGAAGUUUACGAAACAUCCAACACGAUUUUAUAUAUUCCCAUCAAUCUAUCGAUCGUUUCUCGCACCGACCAAUGCACAAAAUGUGUCAUCGAAUUUAGUCCCAUUCAGACUGGUCCUCGAUGAUAUCAAACGCCGAUUUUUCUUUGCUGCGCCAAGGGGUUCGCAUCUUCUAUUGGGCCUGCUCGGCUAUUCACUUCUUCCACAAUCAUCAUACGAUGCGGGUCAUUUCGAUAAAACCAUACAUCAGAUCGGUAGUCUUCUUUCGAAAAGUUCCAUGAUGGAUCAGUUUAAUCAAGAAGAUGAGAAACAUUAUCAAACAGUACUUGAUAAUUAUGAACUAGGUCGUUUGAUCGGCUGCGGUUGUAACGCAGCUGUGUAUGAAGCACGACUUCGUUCGUCGAACAGUCAAUCAAAUGAGAGUGAUAUCGAGAUUCUUUCACAACAUUCUUCCAACAACAAUACUGAUGGCGAAUCGGUCACCGAAGUUCAAUGUCAAACAUCCACUUGUAUGACUGAUUCCUGCAGUACGAAUUCAGACAUUUUACCCGCUGGUCGAUUCAACCUCGCGAUUAAAAUGUUGUUCAACUAUGGAGUUCGAUCGAAUGCUGAAGUGAUUAAAAAAGCCAUGGACAAAGAAUUGAUCCCUUUACGACAAUACUUUACUCAUCCGAACAUCGUGCGAAUGUACUCAUGUUUUGUCGAUUCCUUCCCAUUGUUAAACGAAGCACACGAACAUUAUCCAAUGGCUAUACCAACACGUCUUUCUCCCGAUGGUUACGGUCGAAACAAAACAUUGUUUAUCGUCAUGAGACGAUACGAUUUGACAUUAAAUGAGUAUAUUCGUUCACAUCAACCAGAUGUGCAUCAACGUUUAACACUUUUUGCUCAAUUACUCGAAGCUCUAGUGUAUCUACACAAACAGUCGAUUGUUCAUCGAGAUUUAAAGAGUGAUAAUCUACUCAUAUGUGAAUCAACUGGUGAAUUAGUUGUCGCUGAUUUUGGUUGUGCACUUUAUCAGCCACCCGACCUGAAAGUUCCACAUCAAACAGAUGAAAUCUGUAAAGGUGGAAAUCUGGCAUUGAUGGCACCGGAGAUUCUGAACAGUGAACCUGGACCGAAAAACUAUUUGGAUUUUGAUAAAUCUGAUCUAUGGGCAAGUGGAACGCUAUGUUAUGAAUUUUUCUCCCAACCAAAUCCAUUCUUUCAUGGUACACUCCGACAGGACACUUACGACGAUCAGAAUCUACCUUCUCUUGCCUCUCCGCCAAUUAUCGAACGGCUUGUUCAUUCUAUGCUAUUCAAAAACCCCGAAAAUCGUCCGUCCACAGUUCUGGUUGCCAACUGCCUCCAAUUAUAUCUAUGGUUCAAGUCAUUGAAAUCAACUAAUGAACUCUGCCAAGUUUACAUGUGGACAGCUUUGGAAACUUUAUUUAGUAAACAUACACUAACACGUGUUGAACUGAAUUUGAAGAAGCUUUUUUUUGAACGGCAAACGUCACAAACACUUUUUCGAGCACACACUUUUCUCAAUCAACUUUAG